CUCUUAGAGCUCAACUUACAGCGAGAGAAUAUUUCAGUAACCGAGUUGCGCUUAAACAUGGCCGCAGCUUCAUCGCGAGACGCACAGUCUUUAAGGCGCGCUUUCGACGUGUUUGAUCUCAACCGCACUGGCGAAAUAAGCUUCGUUGAUUUUCCAACGGCGGUGCGAUCCCUUGGCUACAACCCGACCAGCAGUCAUGUCGAUCAAGUUCUUAAGGCGGCCAAUAAGGAGGAGAAGGAUAAAAUUAAUUUCGAUGAAUUCAUGGUCAUGAUGGAGAAGUUUGAAGAUACGAGGAAGGAGGACGCUGAUGAAUCUCUCCGCGAGGCGUUCAAGUAAGUGCGCCAUAAUUUCUGCUUUUACCCACCUUUAUUCAAUAUCUUGCAACUCUUUGAAUUUGUGCUCUGCAUAAUGUUUAGUUUGUCAGGAAGAUUGUAUUGAUAACUAGCAAAAGAUCAUGAAUAUUUUGAAUAAAUUGUCUCCCAUGAUGAAAAACUAAAAGCAAAAACACGACCACUAGCUAGCAUGUGUCUUUGACCGAUGACUAUAAAUAAAGUCCACUUCCCUAAAUAAAUCCAUCUGACAACUAAAAGGCACUUAAAGGCUGCUUCCUCCAGCCUUUUCCCAUAGUUUUUCAAGUAACAAUUCUGCUAGGUUCUUUUCAGUUUUUUUCUAAAGGAGAAAUGACUGCUAAUGUAAUACAUCUUACUUUUCAGACUAUUUUCUUGUUCUGCUUAUUCGUCUCUUCGCUGCAGUCGAAUUAUCGAACUAAAAUUAGCCAUGCCUCAUUAAAAUUUGCAAAGUAAUCGAGAAUUAAGCCGCAGACUUCAAGAUGUGACUAUAAAAAGGUUAUUCUUCCAUAACCCAUUUCAGAUUCAAAUUCAGCCUCUCUUGUAGCUUUUUGAUAGAAGAUUAUUCUUGUCAGCGGCAAAGGAAUCGAAAUUAAAACAUUCGAAGAAAAAAAAUAUACACGCAAGAAAAAGCUUCAAGGAAAUUCGGAAUAAUGAAUCGAGAUAAGUUAUUUCUGUCGCGGUGGUCAACAUAUUAAUUUCACCCACCAAGCUGAGUAGACAUAGCCUUGCACGAACUUUCAGGUUAAAUUUGAGAAUGCAAACGCUGUAGUUUCAAGACUUAAAAUAUUAAAACUUACAACAUAUCUGGAAAUUUAUGACCGUGUCCUCAAAUUAUUAUUUUUUUGUCUUUCUAAUAUCCAUAAAGAUUUCUCUUUCUAAUGGCACGAUUGAAAUAAACGUUGGAUUAGUAAAUUAAACAAAUUUCACGCUAGGUCAGAAAAAUGUGAUAUUCUUCGAGUUUUUUCUCUUUUUGCCACUUCCUUUUAACAUAUAUCGCCACUUUAUAUUGCACUCACUCGUGUGACAAAUAUACACUUUUGCUAAGCAACGAAAAAAAUUUAAAACAAAUACGAAUAAAUUUUCUAUGCAAAAUUACUACUUUCACCUGUGAGGAUAAAGUCAGAUGUUUAUGUCUGUUUUUUUGAGUUUGUGUGUUUUAUUUCGUUGAAUCCAUACAUAAUAUUAACACUUGGACAUCGCGAAACACAGACAUAUAAGCUAAACUCUCAACCGAUCAGCUCUAAGUUUUCGUUAGGCGUUAAUUUUCGGGCUAGCGUUUUAACACCUUUGUUCGGCUUUGCAAAUUAACUGGCAUGAAUAGAAUGUGAACGCUAACUAGAAAAACGACCAAAAUGCUUCAAAUAUAUGUUAGAAACUCUCGCUUUGUACUCUAGGUUUAGCCAUUUUUGCAUGAAACCUCUUUCAUCUGAGGAUGAAAUAAAGUUUAGCUCUGACGAUAUUUCGCUCGCCUCGUGCACGUAUCCUUAGAAAGGUCUUCGGUAAAAAGCUGUUUCCGUUAGACAUUAAGGAAAUUGCAACUUCUAAUAAAAACUAAAAGAAAUGAAAAUGAAUUUUUUUUUCGCGGUGGUAUUUAUGAUACAUAUUUCAAACUAAAAUGAGCCUUGAGCGAAUAUCCAAUGUGAGAGAGUUGUUUUCGUCCUGAGGCUCGGCCAAAUAUCUGAUUUGUCAUUUUCCACCUGCCUGCAAGUUCCUUUGAAUUGUAAAUUAUUAAUGUGUUAAUUGAUAACUCUGUCCAAAGAAGAGCUUGAGAAAAAUAAUCUAUAGACAGUGAACUUGCCAAUCUAUGCAAAUAUACAGCGAAAUUCUAAUUAUAUUAAAUAUACUCAAGGCUUUGAGCUUCUUUGAGAUCGAAUUUUAUGGUUGUCGGUUUUUGUCUCAUUCUACGUAUUUAACGAUAUAAACCGAAAGGCACUUUGGCCACUGGGGAAAAUUUCGGCACUGACUAGAGAUCACCAGCGUAUAACCAACACAAUGGCUGCUGUUUCGUUUUUCAAAGUGAAGGUUUAAAACUUCCAAUUUCUAUGUUUAGACGUAUAUCGCAUCUGAAAUCAAAGGUUUUGCAAUUCACGGACAGUCUUUUUAGUUCGUAAAUUAAGUGAAAAAAGCGUUCAGAUUUGUUAAGGCUUUUAGUUUACUUGUUAUAUUUACUUAUGUUGAUAGAGGGAGGCUAUGAUAACGGCUAAGUGUGCAGCUAGCAAAGGUUCGAAAAAGCAGCUAUCUUAAGGCGCGUGCGUUACUGCCAUCGAAACUUUGUAAGUUAACAACCCCAGACUAAGGGCCAGUUGUUAGAGAAGCCUGCAGACAAAAUUUUCAGUAAAUCACUCUUUACAGUUCCCUUGCUUUAAAUUCGAUGACAGUACUAAUGACCGUCGCGCCGAAUCAAGAAAGCUUGCUCGCAGGCUAACUGAAACAGUGCUUCUCGCUUUUCUCUCUGCUCCCAUCUCUCGCAGUCUUUCUCCAAUAGGUAGGGAGCUUGAGCAACUACGACAGUGACGGCUCCGAAAACGUCAUUUAAAAACUGCACGCACCCUGCUUUAAACUUUAUCACGUGAUCGCGCUUACUCCACCUCGUUCAAUUCGUCAAAUGGUGGAGAAAUUUUUCGGGAGUUGAAUUAUAAAGGACUGUAUCGAAAUUCAGGUAAAGGAAAAGAAGGUAGUUGUCUUGUGUUGCCGUCCACAACAAAACGCCGUAAAAUUAGGACGUUUCACGCCGUCGUCGUGCACCGACGGUAAAGAAAUGUACAAAAAAACGUGAGGCAGAGUUGUUGUUUUUAUUUUAAACCUAUUGCUCUUCGCGGUUUUUUCCCCCUCGCCGUCGUCAUUUCUAGUAAGAUCUCUGAUCUCGUUCCAAGAGGUCACUAUCCUUUUGGUCAUCAGCAACAAGCACCUUCCAUGAGACAAGAAUAACGAAAGCUCUGGAGGCGAGAUUGCUUGCCAUCGCACUUCAUGCUCAUAUCGUGUUCGUUACAGUUUGCUUGGCUGUAAACAAUCUUUUACUCCUUGAUAUUACAAACCUAUUCACAGGGUGCCCCACCUUCUUAGCAGAGAAAUCUUCAAGUACGAAACUGAUCAAUUCCGUACCCAGAAACCUCGGGCUUUUUGGUCAGCGGGUGGUCUUCACCUGGUGAUAGGUACUUCAUAUAUGAUUCCUACAGUGUACCGAGAUAUAGAUUCUCUAUAUCUCGGUACGCUGUAGCAAUCAUAUAUGAAGUACCUACCCUACUGGCGACCACUCGCUGACCAAAUAGCACGAGGACUCUAAGUACGAGAUUGGAAAUUAAUGGACAAUGACGCCGUUAUUUUACAGGAAGUUCGACCGUGAUGGCAACGGUUACAUAUCCCCAGAUGAGCUACUUUACGUGGUUUGCAACAGCGGAGAGAAACUGAGCCGAGAGGAAGCAGAAGAACUUAUCAGCAUGUUUGACAAAAAUGCAGAUGGACAACUCUCCUGGGAGGAGUUUGUAGACUUCUUCAAGUGCGACAAAGAAGCAACAGAAUCCAACACGACCAUACCAGAAGAGGAGGAAAGCAAUGAUAAAGACACAUGA